AUGCUUCGGUCAUGGAUUGGCAGCGGUACACUCCGCUCUCUUUGCGCUCGACGCUUGACUCGGUCGUCCCUUGCAUUACCCAAAGCCCCAUUCUCCUCCGCACCAAACCGCUAUCUCCAACCGCCGGCCUCCGCAGAUCGCGUUCCUCUUCGCAAACAACUCAAGCAGGAAGCUAAAGCGCUUCGGUCACACAAAAGACAACGCAAGGAAACGGCGGAAGCUUCCAAGGAAGAAUGGGAAUUGACGGUGGGCGUGGAGAUCCACGCGCAAUUGGAUACAGAGACCAAACUAUUUUCUCGGGCAGCAACGUCGACAAGCGAUACUCCCAAUUCCAACGUUGCCUUAUUCGAUCUGGCGUUUCCGGGUAGCCAACCGGAAUUCCAAAUUGCAACACUGCUACCAGCUCUCCGCGCUGCCAUUGCGCUGAAUUGUGAGGUUCAACCAGUCAGCCGCUUUGAUCGAAAACAUUACUUCUACCAGGAUCAACCGGCGGGGUAUCAAAUCACACAAUAUUAUGGUAAGCCCUUGUUCCUCCUCAAACGUGAACUAUACUUACCAGCUUUAGAACCAUUUGCCCGAAAUGGCUAUGUUGAUCUAUUCGAUUACGAUGGAAUCGCCCCGGAAGACGGUGAACGGGUCCGUAUUGACAUCAAACAACUCCAGUUGGAGCAGGAUACCGCAAAAUCCCAGGAAUAUCCGCCCUCGACACAACUUCUCGAUUUUAACCGUGUGUCCCAUCCUCUUAUCGAAAUCAUCACUAUGCCGCAAAUCCACACUCCAGCAACGGCCGCGGCAUGCGUUCGGAAACUACAAGCCAUUGUGCAGUCGUGUGGUGCUGUGACUACGGGAAUGGAGAUGGGCGGUCUUCGUGCAGACGUCAACGUCUCGGUCCGACGCCGAGGCGAAGGACCCGGGCAACAUCAGUACGACGGUAUCAGUGGACUAGGUCAGCGCACCGAAAUCAAGAACCUCAGCAGUUUCAAGGCGGUAGAGGAUGCCAUCAUUGCCGAGAAGAACCGUCAAAUCGAGGUGCUCGAGAGCGGCGGUGUCAUCGAAGGAGAGACACGUGGAUGGACCAUCGGCAGUACUGAAACUCGCAGACUUCGUGGGAAAGAGGGCUCAGUCGACUAUCGCUACAUGCCUGACCCUGAUAUUCCACCGCUGGUCAUUGGAGAGGACCUGCUCUCUAGUCUGAGGGACUCUAUUCCAACAGCCCCAGAUGCACUUCUCACACUGCUCGUCGGAUCCGAGUUUAGUCUCCCAAUCGAAGAUGCCAAACCACUCAUCGAGCUGGACAACGGAGCCCGCCUCGAGUAUUACCACGAUGUGGUGGAUAUCCUUCGCACUCUACAAGUAGACCAAGACGACAAAACACGUUCCAGUCUCGCACGAGUGGCAAGCAACUGGGUUCUGCACGAACUAGGUGGUCUUUUAGCCAAAGCAGACCGGCCAUGGGACCCGGAGAUCGUCCCAGCCCGAUCCUUGGCCCAUCUCCUCGACCAUCUGCAGCGAAAACUCAUCACUGGCCCCACAGCCAAACAGGUGCUGGCCACCAUUUUUGACGGGGACCAUCGACCAGUGCCGCAACUACUAGAGGAGGAGAAUCUUCUACUGCGGCCGUUGUCGCGGGAGGAAUACAUAGCGUUAGCAGAGUCGGUCAUUGCCUUGAACCCGCAGAUGGUUGAGCAGAUCCGAAGCAAGAAUCAGCUCGGUAAAUUGGGCUGGUUCGUGGGACAAAUGAUGCGGACUGGUGAAAAGGGUCGAGUAGAGGCGCCUAAAGCAGAGGAGAUUCUCCGCGAGUUAAUUCUGGGAUAG